GAGAAGAAGGCCACCAUAAAUCGGAAUAUUCUAUUUAACGGUAUUCCUGAAGAUUAAUAAUUAUUUCAUCCGGACAGAACGUCUUUCCGGCAUAAUAUCUCACCAUUUAACAUCGUUGCAAAACCCCUCCCACCUCCUUUUUACCUCUCCCGACAAAGACGCACGCCGGUGUCAUUUAGGCCUCAAGUCUCAACAUGGAGACCAGUAAUCCGGAACAUUUCUUCGAGACAGACACACAACUGGCCAAACGUCAGCUGAGGGCCAAGAAGGAAGAAAACACCUUUGGCGAUCCUAUCCGCAUUUCCUCCAAAGUUCUUGCCGUCAUCCCCGAUCCUGCGCAGCCGUACAAUUCCAUCUUUACGGCAGAGUCGGGCGGCAGAGUCUCUCGGAUAAAUGUCGAAACGAGAAGCAUCACGGCCAAAUAUCAAGGUCCCACCGUGCCCGUGACCUGCGUUGCCACGGGGGGACCUGGAAACACUCUCCUCUUCGCCGGUUCCUGGGACAAGACCAUCUGGUCCUGGGAUAUAGGGACCCGGAGACCCGGCCGCCGCUACGAUGGAGGCCACACCGACUUCGUCAAGGCCGUGGUGACCGCGCGGCUCGGCCAACGCGACCUUCUCAUCAGCGGCGGCGCCGACAAAAAGAUCAUGGUCUGGGACGUCGCCACCGGCCGCCGCCUGCACACCAUACAGGACCCCAGCGCGACCAUGAUGUCCCUCCAGUCGCUGGCCGUCGACCCGGUGCUCUCGAACGCGGACGAGGUCGUUCUCACCAGCACCAGCAGCGACCCCUUCGUGCGGCGGUGGCGGAUCCGCCAGGACGGCGCGGAGCUGCUCCCGACCGAAGGGCCGCCGUCGCACCGGGACCAACCACCCGGGGCCGCCGAGCGCCUUGCCAUCGAAGAGCACGAGACGAGCGUCUACAAGGCGCUUUUCGACGUCGCCGGCGACGAGGUCGAUCUCUGGACUGCCAGUGCGGACGGUACCGCCAAAUGCCUCUCGCGCGAAAGGAACUUCACUACGGAUGACGUGUUCGAGCACGGCGAUUUCGUCAAGGGGCUUGUGGUCACGGAUACGUGGGUGGCCACGGGAGGGUUCAGCCAGGACAUCAAGAUCUGGGACAGGACAUCGGGGAAACUGGCCUACAUCCUCGUGGGUCACUUUGAUGAGAUUGCGGAUUUUGCGCUCCUCCGGGACCCCUCGGGAAGGCAGCCGGAUGUCCUGUGCAGCGUCGGCAUCGACUGCACCGUGAGGACGUGGCCACUGCAUAAGCCAGCUUUAGAUGCCGUGGUGGAGAAGAUACGAGCAGCCGAGGAGUCUGCACAGAACGGAGAGGAGAUGAAGAAGGAGAGUGGAGAUGGCGACGGCUUGUUGACUGCCGAGGAAGAGGCUGAACUGGCUGCUCUGAUGGAAGACUAGGUAGGGUGACGAAUGGACCAUGUCCGGCUCGUGUCCGAGGGCCAACCCCAUUCCUCUCCAUGAGGCUUUGGCUGCACGACUGGAUUGUACUUUUGAGAGUGGAUGAGCCGUUUCCACAUAGUAGAUGAGGCAUCGACAUAACGCUUGCUUUUUCUUGGAUCAAACAACGAACGGCCCCCGGUCCACCAGUGAGUCCCGGUGGGCCGGGCGGCGGAAUUGGCG